AUGAAAAGAAAUUAGAAUUAGCCAUCCCAUCACAAAGAUUCAAGUCAGAGACCUUAGCCAGGUUCUAAUAGCAACAUGUAAAUUCUUGAAAAUUUGCUCUAGACUCGUAAGAGUAUGGAGGUCAAGAAAGUGGAAGCAAUGAUUGCCGCAGCCAACAAUAGAGAUGAACAGGAACAUACUCAGAUUAAAUUUAAUUUAAUCAGAAACUCGCUUGAGUUUCAAAUGAGUUAGGUCCUUUAAGAUGUAGACCCUAAAUCUGGAUAAAAGCUGCCUUACAAAAUAGCCCCUAGAAAUGAUAGUAACAAACUUAACGUUUCAAAUCUAAGAGGAGGGGUUGAGAAAUCUGCCAGUAAACAAGCUAAGUAGCAAGAUGAGGCCAAACCUAAACAAAUCAGUAGAAGAGAAUCUAUUCUGAGACAAUCAAGAGAUAUUGUGAGUUAAAGUAUGAGUUCAAACAGUUUCAGAUAUGAAAGUGAUGAGGAAGAGGAAUAAUAAAUUAACUAGCUCAAACUCAACCUUAAUUAAGAUUAAAAGAAUUUCAUCUCUCCAGAAAGAAUAAGAGAAGGCAUCAAUAAUAAUCUGGCGAUGAGGAUGUAGAAAUAUCUAAGAGAAAGAACUAACAAUGCUGUCAGAGAAGCGGUCAAAGGACCCAAUAGACGGAAUAAGUCAGCAGAUGAGUAGUAAGGUUGUAAGCAUAAAGUGAGAAGAUGCUGUCAAGGACUCAAGGAUAGCAUCAUAGAGAAAGAGGUUAAGUAAGAACAAAAAGGCAUAGAUGAAUACUCAGUUGGAGAGGAUGAAACUGAGUUCGAUGUGCCUUUACAGUUCCUCAGUUAGGAUGAAAUGAAUGAGAGAUCAAAGUUUUUGUGGCACAGAUGCUACUUGAAAGCCAAAGGUGCAGCCAAGAUUAAGGAAAAAUUCGAUGAGGUGCACAGAAAGAUCAUGAUAUUUGGAACUACUAAGAAUAUCAACUUCGAUCCUACAAAAGAAGAAAGAGAGGCCUUCCUGAAAAAGAAGCCAAUUAUACUCUUACCUGAUUCCUAGAUUAAAAGAAUCUGGAAUUUCGUUAUUAUAUUCUUGCUAGCCUAUACAGCCUCGUUCGUGCCUGUAAAAACUGCAUUCUUUGAUGAUGAUCCGCCUGGGUUAUAUGAAUUUGAGCUAUUUUUGGAUUGCCUCUUCUAUUUAGAUCUGUUUAUUUAGUUCAUUUCUGCUUAUGAAGAUCCCAUUACAGGUUUUAUUGAAGUCCGAUUCACAUGCAUUCCUUUCCAACUGAUUUAGAAUUCUAGUGAUAGUUCUGGAGGUAAAAAUGUUAAACUACUGAGGCUGACGAGGCUUCCUAGACUAUACAGAUUGCUCAGAAUUCUCAGACUCUUUAAGAUGUUUUAACUCUUUAAGUAUAAUAAAAGCUUCAGAAAGUACAUAGAUGCUUUGAAGAUGAAUUAGGGUAUGAUGAGAAUGGUUUAAGUUACAGGAGGUGUGUUCUUCAUGGUGCAUUUAAUGGCUUGUUUCUGGUUUUUAUCAGCAAAGUUUAAUGAUUUUGAAUAUGAUUGCUGGGUUAUGGCAAGAUAAAUUGAGGAUAUGGAUGAUGGUUACUAAUAUUUGACUUCAGUCUAUUGGGCUUUACAGACAAUUACUACAGUUGGUUAUGGAGAUAUUGCAGCGAAUACAUAAGUAGAACAGAUAUUGAGUAUACUUUGGAUGGUAUUUGGAGUAGGAUUUUAUUCUUUCACUAUUGGUAACUUGUCCAGUGUCAUCGCCAGUAUGGACACAAAGAAUAGCAUACUUAAAUAGAAGUUGACAACUCUUAGUGACUUCUCAAAGAGAAUCUUGCUUCCACCAACCUUGGAACAGAGAAUUAAAAGAUUCUUGGAGAACAACAACAAAGAUAUAACUUCAAUCGAUGAUUAGGAGAGACUUCUUAACGAACUCCCUCCUAGUUUAAAAUCAGAGGUAGUUUCUCACACACAUGGAAAUAUAAUCUCUGGUAUUAAAUUCUUCUAAGAUAAGAAUCCCGAUUUCCUUUGGCAAGUACUUCCACUUCUUAAGAAUAUGAAAAUAUACAAGGGAGACACAUUAUACUCUUAAGGUGAUCAUGCUGAUGAAAUUUACUUUAUUUUAAAGGGUAGUGUUAUCAUGCAUAUUGAUCUACAUGAUCCAACUAUUAAUCCAAGCUAUCAGCCAAAAUAAAAGACUAAUGAGGAUGAAGAAGAUGAUGAUGAUAGUUAUAAUGUUCCUUUCAACCUCUAUGUUGAAGGCUCAUAUUUUGGUGAUAGCGAUUGCUUGUUCUAGAGGAGACUUUAAAGAGAGUGCAUGGCUGAGGCUGAUUAAGAGUGUCAUCUUCUUGUUAUAAAGAAGGGAGCACUUGAGGAUUUACUAGACCAAUUUUAGGAUAUCAAGACUCAGAUGUAAAAUAUUGCUUUGGAAAAGAGAAAGUAUCACAGAAGACUUAUUUAAGAACUAUUAAGAAAGUAUAGAGAAGGAAGCUAAGAGAACAACAACAACAAUGCUAGUGAGAGAAAUAUUUUGAAAAAAGACACUUCACCAGAUAUUAUGAGAUACAAAUCUUUAAAACGAAGAAAGACAUUCAAGAACAAGAAUGGCACAUCUGUGACAAGAGAACUUUUAGGCUCACCAGAGUCAUCAAAGGAUUAUUCUAAUGAAGGAACUGAAGAGCAAGAAGUCAAUGCAAAAAAUGAGUUCUUUCCAAGACCAAAGAUGAGAGAGUAGCAAAUACCAAUUAUUACUUAUUCAGAGGGAAUGAAGCAUGUUAUCAACUAGUUUAAGGAUAAAAAUACACCUUAAUAGAAUACUCUAAGACUCCCUCCCAUUAACAGUCCAAAAAACGGCGAGAAUGCCAAGAAAAAGUCAGACCAAGAAUAAAAGCUGGAGUAAUUAGAAAGAGAAGUAAAAAAGCUAGAGAUUCUUAAUGAUAGUGAGGCUUAUUAUGAGAAAAAUCUGAAUGCUUUCAACAACAAUAUGAGUUUGCUUGCUCUGAAUACUUACGAAAUAUCUCAACUAAUGAGCAAUCUCAAUAGAGAUAAUCAAAAUAUACUUAAUAUAGCUAAGAAUAUCCAAGUGCAUACAAGCUUUAUAUCAAGAAAGUCCGAGGACUUAAAACGGAAAGUGCUUUUGCUUGCUGAUAAAAUUAAUAGAUAGCAGCAAUAAGGAUAAUAAUGA